GCCGCCGCGACUGCUCGUUGGCGCUGAGGGCGCCGUCGGACCUGCCCAGCAUUAUGCAGAUUCCAGGGCUGAUGGGAUUUAUCCGGAGGGCCGAGGCUGGGUUGGGGGAGCGGCUGGCCCGGCCUUUGUGCACGCCCCUUUCCAUCCACAUAGCGGGCCAAGAAAGACAGAGCAGAGGAAAGCAACAGCAUCCCAGCUCCAGUCCCUGCUGCUCGUCCAUCUGCACAGCGGAGCUGGACGGACCAGCCAGAAUGUGGGGAGCCCUGCUACUCAAACUCUUCCUCGUCUUCAUGUUCAGUGUUAGAUGGUGCCACGCUCAAGGAUGUGAAGUGGGGCACUUUCGCUGUGGGAUGGGCCGAUGUAUACCAGAGAGCUGGCACUGUGAUGGGAUAUCAGACUGCGUGGACGACUCAGACGAACACGACUGUCCUCGGCCAACAUGUGACAGCAGCCAUUUCCAGUGUUUGAGCGAUGGCGAGUGUAUUCCAGAUGCGUGGGUGUGCGAUGAUGAGGAUGACUGUGCGGACGGCUCGGAUGAGAGGCAACACUGCCCUGGAAGGACAUGCACCAGCAGUCAGUUCAGCUGCACUAACGGGGCAUGCAUCCCAGGAGAAUACCGAUGUGACCAUCUGGCCGACUGCUCAGAUGGUUCUGAUGAGAGAAGCUGCCAGUAUCCUGAGUGUGCGCAGCUGAGGUGUGCCAACGGAGCCUGCUACAACAGGACGCAGCGGUGCGACCACGUGCUCGACUGCCGCGACGGCUCCGACGAGGCGAACUGCACACAGCACUGCAACGCGGGACAGUUCCAGUGCCAUAAUGAGAUGUGCGUUCCUCAGCGCUACGUCUGUGACCAUGACGACGACUGUGGAGAUCGAAGUGACGAGCUCAACUGCACGUAUCCUACGUGCAGAGGGACCUACUUUACCUGCCCCAGUGGACGAUGCAUCAACCAAGUGUGGCUUUGUGAUGGAGAGGACGAUUGUGAGGACAAUGCCGAUGAAAAAGGCUGCGAUAAUGUGCCGCGGGAGUGUUACCCGGGAGAAUGGCCCUGUCCGUCCUCUGGCCUGUGCAUCCCCAUGGAUCAUCUAUGUGAUGGGACGCCUCACUGUCCUGAUGGAGAGGAUGAAACCAACGCCACCGCUGGUCACAACUGCAGUUUCUGGAGAUGCGCCUCUCUGAGUUGUGAGCAUCACUGUCACGCUUCUCCCGAAGGAGGAGUCUGUGCUUGUCCUUCCGGAUAUGUUGUCAGCAGCAACGACAGUCGUUCAUGUAUAGACUUUGACGACUGUUCCAUGUGGGGUGUGUGUGACCAGCUGUGCGAGGACCACGUCGGCUCCCACCGCUGCAGCUGCCGAGAGGGCUACUUGCUGGAGCAGCACCGACACUGCCGGGCCGACAUCUCCAUGGGAGUUCCUUCCUUGAUAUUUUCCAAUGGCAGAGACCUGCUAAUUGGCAGCAUCCAUGGCAACAGCAUGCGAACUUUGGUUCAUUCGCAGAACAGGGGGGUGGCAGUGGGAAUGGACUUCCACUAUAAUCUUCGAAUGGUCUUCUGGACUGAUACCGUUCAGAAUAAGGUGUUUUCCGUAGAUAUGGACGGUUCCAACGUACAAGUGGUUCUGAACGUAUCAGUUGACUACCCUGAGAACCUGGCGGUGGAUUGGGUUAACAAUAAACUGUAUGUGGUGGAGACCAGUGUCAAUAGGAUUGACAUGGUGGACUUUGAUGGAAGUAACCGGGUCACCCUCAUCACUGAGAACCUUGGAAACCCUAGAGGACUGGCCGUGGACCCCACUGUUGGGUAUAUGUUCUUCUCAGACUGGGAGGCGCUGAAUGGACAGCCGGGCCUGGAGCGGGCCUACAUGGACGGCACCAACCGCUACGGGAUCGUAAGGAGUAAACUGGGUUGGCCGGCGGGUGUCACGCUGGACAUCGAGGCCAAGCGCGUAUACUGGGUUGACAGUCGCUAUGACUAUAUUGAAACCAUAACGUACGAUGGCCUUCAUAGGAAAACAGUAAUCCACGGAGGUAACGUGAUCCCACAUCCCUUCAGCAUCAGUGUGUUUGAGCACAAUGUCUACUACACGGACUGGACCAGGAUGGCGGUGAUGAAAGCCAACAAGUUCACUGAGAGAAGUCCUCAGGUGGUUUACAACACAGCCCAGACUCCAUACGGUGUCGCAGUGAUACAUCAGCUGAAACAACCACACGUGCCCAACCCUUGUGUGGACAGAGGUGGAUGUGAGCAGAUCUGUGUCCUGAGUCACAGGAGUGACAAUGGAGGACUGGGUUAUCGCUGCAAGUGUCGCAUGGGCUACGACCUUCAUCCAGAUGGCAAACGGUGUCUGGCCUUGCGACAGUUUCUGCUGUUCUCCAGUCAGCUGGCUGUGAGAGGGAUCCCCUUCAACCUCUCCUCUCAGGAAGACAUCAUCCUACCCAUCACUGGGCCACCCUCCUACUUCGUCGGGGUGGAUUUUAGCGCUGAGGAUGACGUUAUCUUCUUCUCAGACACAGCCAAGGACAUUAUUUACAAACAGAAAGUGGACGGAACAGGCAGGGAGGUACUAGCGGCCAACAGAGUGGAUGGAGUGGAGGACCUGGCUUACGACUGGAUUUCAAAGAACCUCUACUGGACUGACCCCCGAUACAGGAGCAUAUCUGUCAUGAAGCUUUCUGAUAAGUCCAGGAGAGCCAUUGUUCGUAACCUCAACAACCCGAGGGCCAUCGUUGUGCAUCCUCUCAUUGGGUAUAUUUUCUGGACUGACUGGUACCGUCCAGCAAAGAUUAUGAGAGCUUGGGGUGAUGGGUCACAUGCCAUGUCUAUUGUAAACACUACUCUGGGCUGGCCAAAUGGCCUGGCUAUCGACUGGAGCUCAAUGCGUCUGUAUUGGGUCGAUGCUUACUUUGACAAAAUCGAGCACAGCAAUUUUGAUGGGACAAAUCGACUUUCACUGAACCGCAUAAACCAGUUGUCUCAUCCAUUCGGCCUCACCAUUUUUGAAGGCUACGCAUAUUUCACUGACUGGCGCCUGGGUGGCAUUGUGCGCGUGCGUAAGACCGACGGCGGGGAGAUGAUGGUUAUCAGAAGGGGAAUCAGCCACAUCAUGCACGUCAAAUCUUUUAACUCCAACUCUCAGAUCGGUUCCAAUUCCUGUAACAGGCAGACAAAUCCCAAUGGAGACUGCAGCCACUUCUGUUUCCCAGCCCCAGACUCUCAGAGGGUGUGCGGCUGCCCGUAUGGCAUGAAGCUGUCGCCCAACCAGAGGGCAUGUGUGGAGGACCCCUCCAAUGAGCCCCCCACGCUGCAGUGCGGAGCCAACUCCUUCUCCUGUAGCAACGGCAAAUGCGUCCCAAGCAGCUACAGAUGCGACGGUGUUGACGACUGCCAUGACAACAGUGAUGAAGUCGACUGUGGAAUUAACAACGCCACUUGUUCCCCCUCUGCGUUCGCGUGUGCCAACCGUCGCUGCGUGCCUGCCGCGUGGCGCUGCGACGGCCACAAUGACUGCUUCGACAACAGCGACGAGAGCAACUGUCCCACCCACACGCCUGGAACGUGUCCGGCCAGUCAGUUCACCUGCGCCAACCACCUCUGCAUCCCACACAUCUGGCUUUGUGACACUGACAAUGACUGUGGGGACGGCUCAGACGAAGUCGACUGCGAUCUCGCAAACACUUGCUAUCCAGGACAGUUUCAGUGUCCAGACCAUCGAUGUAUAGACCCUAACUAUGUCUGUGAUGGGGACAGGGACUGUGUGGAUGGGGCAGAUGAGCAAGGAUGCAUCUACAACUGCACUGGGAGUGAGUUCAAGUGCACCAGCGGUCACCAGUGUAUCAACUCCUUCUACCGAUGCGACGGAGUCUUUGACUGCAGCGAUCGCUCCGAUGAGCAAGGCUGUCCUACCAGACCUCCAGGGAUGUGCCACCAUGAGUCUGAGUUUCAGUGCCAGUCGGACGGCGUAUGCAUCCCGUCUACCUGGGAGUGUGACGGCCAUCCAGACUGCCAAGACGGCAGCGACGAGCACCACGCGUGCCCCCCUCGCACCUGCCCGUCCUCGUUCUUCCGCUGCGACAACGGGAACUGUGUGUUGCAGAGCUGGAUUUGUGAUGGGGACAAUGACUGCAGGGACAUGAGUGACGAGCGGGACUGUCCCACCCCACCCUUCAGGUGCCCAAGCUGGCAGUGGCAGUGCCCGGGCCACAGUGUGUGCAUCAACCUCACCACGGUGUGUGACAACACUCCAGACUGCCCCAACGGCGCUGACGAGUCUCCUCUCUGUAAUGAGCCUUUACCAGAUCAGGAGAGUUGCUCUGACAACAACGCGGGCUGCACACAUGGUUGCAUCCAAGGGCCAUUUGGGGCCCAGUGCACCUGUCCUGUGGGUUAUCAACUUAGCAAUGACUCCAAAACCUGCCAGGAUAUAGACGAGUGUAAUCCCCCCGGACUUUGUAGCCAGCACUGUUUUAAUGAAAGAGGCUCUUUCCGCUGCCACUGCCAGGACGGUUACACUCUCGAAGCAGACCAGCGUACAUGCAAGGUCUCAGACUCUCGUCAGGCCUUCUUGCUUGUGGCGAGCCGGAAUCAGAUUGUGCAGGACGACAUAACCACUCAGCCCAACGUUGUCCACUCGCUGGUUCGAGAUGGACGCAACAUCGUGGCUUUAGAUUUUGACUCGGCCACUGACCGGGUCUUCUGGUCUGACACGAGCCAGGACCGCAUCUGGAGUGCUCACAAAAACGGCAGCGAUAGAAUUGUGAUCUUUGACAGUGGAGUGACUGUGACAGAGAGCCUUGCUGUGGACUGGGUGGGUAGGAACCUGUACUGGACUGACUAUGUCUUGGAGACCGUUGAAGUUUCUAAGCUAGAUGGCACUCACCGGACAGUAUUAAUUAGUGAAAAUGUCACCAACCCCCGGGGAAUGGUGCUUGACCCCAGAGAGAGUGCUCACUUGAUGUUCUGGACCGACUGGGGAAGGCACCCCCGCAUCGAAAGAGCCGGCAUGGAUGGAAAGCUCAGGACUGUUAUUGUAAGCAACAAGCUCUACUGGCCCAAUGGUCUGACUAUAGACUACCCAAACAAUUUAUUGUACUUUGCCGAUGCCUAUUUGGAUUUCAUUGACUACUGUGAUUAUAACGGGAACAACAGAAGGCAGGUUCUGGCAAGUGACCUGGUGCUACAACAUCCCCACGCAAUUACCAUUUUUGAGGAUUUUGUGUAUUGGACCGACAGAUACAUCAAUCGUGUGAUGCGAGCCCAUAAAUGGCAUGGGGAGAACCAAACAGUGAUGCUGUUCAACCUCCCACAGCCCAUGGGUCUGGUGGCAGUCCACCCAGCCAGGCAGCCCCCAGGGGAAAAUCACUGCUUGAGGAGCCCCUGCACUCAUCUCUGCCUGCUUUCUGCCGUGGGACCAAGCUAUUACUCGUGUGCCUGCCCCUCAGGCUGGACACUGGCAGCAGACCAAAUCACCUGCACCAGAGUUGAGGAUCCCUUCCUGGUGGUUGUGAGAGACAGCAUCAUCUACGGCAUUUCCUUGAACCCAGACGACAAAACUAAUGACGCUAUGGUCCCCAUUGCUGGGCUUCGCAACGGCUAUGAUGUUGACUUCGAUGACAAUGAACAGACCAUCUACUGGGUGGAGCAUCCUGGUGAGAUCCAUAGGGUGAAGUCGGAUGGUACCAACAGGACUGAGUUUGCUCCUGCUGCUAUUCUGGGCUCCCCAGUCGGCCUUGCCUUGGACUGGUUAACAGAGAACCUUUACUAUACCAAUCCAGCGACACAGUCCAUUGAGGUUUUGAAGUUGCGAGGAGAGGUACAGUACCGGAAAACUCUAAUCACAAACAACGGCUCUCCAACUGGCGCUGGCAGUCCUGUUGGCAUCGCAGUGGACCCAGCACGUGGCAAACUCUACUGGACAGACCAUGGAACAGAAAGUGGCAUCCCUGCCAAGGUGGCAUCUGCAGACAUGGAUGGUUCGAACUCUGUCACUCUGUUCACCAACAACCUAGAUCAUGUUGAGUUCGUCACUGUGGACAUUCGGGAGAACAAACUGUACUGGGCUGUUACAAGCACCGGCGUGAUUGAGCGUGGUGAUCCAGAUGGGACUAACCGCAUCACCAUAGUGACAGGGCUUUCUCAUCCCUGGGGCGUGGCCGUGUAUCAGGACUACCUCUACUUCACCGAUCGUGACUUUGAGGUCAUCGAGCGCGUGGACAAGUCCACGGGAGCCAACAGGGUUCUGCUGCGUGACAACAUUUCCGGUCUCCGGGUGCUGAAAGUUCAUUAUCGAGAAACCUCUGCCGGUACGUCCAACGGGUGCAGCAACAACGUGGGGGUGUGUGAGCAGCUCUGUCUGCCCAGGCCCCUGGGUCUGUUCACUUGUGCGUGCGCCACAGGUUUUAAAGUCAAGCCUGACAACAGGACCUGCGCUCCCUACCAGUCCUAUGUUGUUAUCUCCACCCUGUCUGCUAUCAAAGGCUUCAGUUUGGAAGGAGCAGACCACUCUGAGGCCAUGGUACCUGUGGCUGGAAGAGGCCGUAAUGCUUUACACAUUGACGUACACAUGGCUUCUGGUUUCAUCUACUGGUGCGACUUCAGCAGCAGCGUGUCAACGCAGAACGGGAUCAGGCGGAUCAAGUCAGAUGGCUCGGGAUUCCGUAGCAUUAUAACAUCUGGAAUCGGACGUAACGGGAUACGAGGCAUCGCUGUGGACUGGGCUGCGGGGAACCUGUAUUUCACAAACGCCUUCCUGACUGAAACAUAUGUGGAGGUGAUCCGCCUGAACACGACCUUCCGUAGGGUGCUGCUGAAGACUCAGGUGGACAUGCCACGCCACAUAGUGGUGAAUCCCAGAAACAGAUACCUGUUCUGGGCCGAUUAUGGUCAGAACCCCAAAAUUGAGCGAGCGCUUCUGGACGGGACCAACCGCACAGUUUUAGUGUCAUCGGGCAUUAUGACCCCACGAGGCCUUGCUCUAGACUGGCAAACGGGCUACGUGUACUGGGUCGAUGACUCCUUAGACAUGAUUGCGCGUGUCAGCCCUCAAGGAGGAGAGAUGGAGGUGGUGAGAUACGGCAGCCGCUACCCAACUCCUUAUGGCAUCACUGUGUUUGAGAAUAGCAUCAUUUGGGUGGACAGAAACCUCAAGAAGGUGUUCCAAGCAAGCAAAGAGCCCCGGAACACAGAGCAGCCGGCUGUGAUCAGAGACAACGUCAACAUGCUCAGAGACGUCACCAUCUUCGACGCGCGGACGCAACCGACCACCGCGCAGGAGCUCAACCACAACCCCUGCCUCGAGAACAACGGUGGCUGUGCCCACUUCUGCUUCGCCCUCGCCGGUUCUGACAGCCAGAGCAUGAAAUGCAGCUGCGCCUUCGGGAAUCUCGCAGCAGACAACAAGACCUGCGUGGUGUCAAGAGACGACUACCUGAUCUACACAACUGAGAGCACCGUGCGCAGCCUCCGCCUCGACACCGAGGACCACUCCCUGCCCUUCCCUGUGGUCAACGUGCCACGAACCUCGGUGGCCCUGGAUUUCGACCUCACGGACAGGAGGAUCUACUUCACGCAGAGCGUGGGCUCAGGAGCCAGCAAAAUCAGCUACAUCAGCCUGUCAUCGCCCACUUCAGCCCCUGUGGAGGUGGCCUCAGAUCUGGGCGCUCCUGAUGGGAUUGCAUAUGACUGGAUAAACAGAAGAAUUUACUACAGUGACUUUAUGAAUCAGACCAUCAGUUCCAUGUCUGUGGAUGGCACUCAAAGGACUGUUAUUGCCCAUGUGUCCAGGCCAAGAGCUAUCAUGCUGGAUCCCUGCAGGGGAUACAUGUAUUGGACAGACUGGGGAACCCAUGCCAAGAUUGAACGUGCUACGUUAGGUGGAAACUUCAGGGCAGAGAUUGUGAACAGCAGUCUGGUGUGGCCCAACGGGCUCAGCCUGGACUAUGAAGAGGAGCGACUGUACUGGGCAGAUGCCAGCUUACAGAGGAUCGAGCGAUCCUCCCUCACGGGGGCCAAUCGGGAGGUCAUCGUCAGCACGGCCAUCUACCCGUUUGCCAUGACUCUGUUCGGUCAGUUCAUGUAUUGGACGGACUGGAACACUCGCAGUAUCUACCGGGCCAACAAGUAUGAUGGUUCCGACCAGAUAGUCAUGAUUCAGAACCUACCGUCUCGGCCGAUGGACGUCCACGUUCUGGCGGCAAGGAAGCAGCAGCAGUGUGACAGCCCCUGUCAGCAGUUUAACGGAGGCUGCAGCCACAUCUGUACGCCGGGACCCAAUGGAGCCGAGUGUCAGUGUCCGUCGGAGGGUCGCUGGUAUCUGGCCGACAACAAACACUGCAUCCCUGACAACGGGACCCGCUGCCAGCCGGGACAGUUCACCUGCAUGAACGGUCGCUGCAUUCGCGCCCAGUGGAAGUGUGACAAUGAUAAUGACUGUGGUGACGGCAGUGAUGAGUUGGAGCGGGUCUGUGGAUCUAAAACUGACUUCAGUUUUGUUGUCCCACAGCUGCUGUCCUCCUUUAUUGCGUUGUCAGCCUUUCACACCUGCGAGCCCACGGUUUUCACCUGUGGCAACGGCCGGUGCGUCCCCUACCACUACCGCUGCGACCACUACGACGACUGCGGGGACAACAGCGACGAGGUGGACUGCCUGUUCCGCCCGUGCGACGCCAGCACGGAGUUCACCUGCAACAACGGCCGCUGCAUCGCCAAGGACUAUGUUUGCAACGGCAUCAACAACUGCUACGACAACGGCACCUCCGAUGAACAAAACUGCCCUGAGAGAACCUGCCGGCCAGAACAAACAAAAUGCCAGUCCACCAACAUCUGCAUCCCACGUUCAUAUCUGUGUGAUGGAGAUAAUGACUGUGGGGAUAUGAGUGAUGAGAGCCCUACACACUGUGCCGCAUCCACCUGUUCCCAGAAUGAGUUCCGUUGCUCCAGCGGCCGCUGCAUUCCCGCCCACUGGUACUGCGACGGAGGGGCCGACUGCUCUGACAGCUCCGAUGAACCCCACUCCUGCACCACACUGGCCCGAACCUGCAACACGGAUCAGUUCCGCUGUGACGACGGCAGGUGCAUCGCUUCCUCCUGGAUCUGUGACGGGGACAAUGACUGUGGGGACAUGAGCGACGAAGACCAGAGACAUAACUGUGCCAAUCGCACAUGUUCCAGUUCAGAGUUUACCUGCGUGAACAACCAGCCGCCUCAGCGGAAGUGUAUUCCUCGUGACUGGGUGUGCGACGGAGAUGCAGACUGCGCGGAUGCACUGGAUGAACACCAGAACUGCACACGCAGAUCCUGUGGCGUCAACGAGUUCACCUGCAGCAAUGGCCUCUGCGUACGCAGCCCCUACAGGUGUGACCGCCGCAACGACUGCGGCGACGGCAGCGAUGAGCAGGGCUGCACCUACCAGCCCUGCCAGCAGCACCAGUUCACCUGCCAGAACGGACGCUGCGUGUCCCACGACUUCGUCUGCGACGGGGACAACGACUGUGGCGAUGAGUCCGACGAGCUGGAGCACAUGUGCCGCACGCCGGUGCCCACCUGUCCCCCCGCGCAGUUCCGGUGUGAGAACGGACACUGCAUCCCCCAGGGCCAGGUGUGCAACAGGAAUGAUGACUGCUCUGACAACAGUGAUGAGAAGGGAUGUGGUAUCAACGAAUGCACAGACCCGUCCGUCCAUCACUGUGAUCACAACUGCACCGACACGCCCACCAGCUUCAUCUGCACCUGCCGCCCUGGCUACCGCCUCAUGUCCGACAGCAAGACGUGCGACGACAUCGACGAGUGUGCGGAGACGCCCAGCGUGUGCAGCCAGGUCUGCGAGAACACCGUGGGCUCCUACAUGUGCAAGUGCUCGCCGGGGUUCCUCCGUGAACCCGACGGCCGGAGCUGCCGCCAGAACAGCAACAUCUCGCCCUACCUCAUCUUCAGCAACCGCUAUUACCUGAGGAACCUGUCGACGGACGGGCAGGCCUACUCCCUGAUCCUGCAGGGCCUGACCAGCGUCGUGGCCAUGGACUUCGAUCGCGUCGACAGGCGCCUCUACUGGACUGACGUGAGCCGCAGAGUGAUAGAGAGAAUGUUUUUCAACGGCACUGGUAGAGAGGUGGUGGUCAAUGGGGUUCUGCACGGGGAGGGUCUCGCCGUUGACUGGAUCGGCAGGAAGCUGUACUGGGUGGACAGCUUCUUGGACUGCCUGAAGGUGUCUGACUUAGACGGUCGGUUUGUGAAGAAACUGGCUGAACACUGUGUCGAUGCCAAUAACACCUUCUGUUUUGAAAACCCCAGAGGCAUUGUGCUGCAUCCCAAAUAUGGAUACGUGUAUUGGACCGACUGGGGAGACAGAGCCUUUAUAGGCCGUGUCGGAAUGGAUGGAACCAACAAAACGUCCAUAAUCACUACCAAGAUAGAGUGGCCCAACGGGAUUACUAUUGACUACACCAAUGACAAGCUCUACUGGUCUGACGCUCAUCUCAAUUACAUCGAGUUCUCGGACUUGGACGGUCGACACCGACACACUGUGUACGAUGGAAAUUUGCCUCAUCCGUUCGCCCUGACUGUGUUCGAGGACACUGUGUACUGGACUGACUGGAACACGCGCACGGUGGAGAAAGGCAACAAGUACGACGGCUCCGGUCGCCAGGUCCUGGUCAACACCACCCACAGACCGUUUGACAUCCACGUGUGUCAUCCAUACAGGCAGCCUAUUGUAAACAAUCCCUGUGCCGUGAACAAUGGGGGCUGCUCUCACCUGUGCCUAAUCCGUCACGGGGGACGGGAGCACACCUGUGAAUGCCCCGACCAUUUCCUGACCGUCCAAAUAGGAGGCGUGAGCCGAUGCCUUCCCAUGUGCACCAGCACCCAGUACCGAUGUGCUAACAAUGAACGUUGUAUUCCUAUCUGGUGGAAGUGUGACGGUCAGAGGGACUGCAGGGACGGCUCAGACGAGCCCUCCACCUGCCCGUCCCGCCACUGCAGGCUGGGCCAGUUUCAGUGCAACGACGGGAACUGCACUAGCCCUCACUUCCUAUGCAACAGCAAUCGCGACUGUCACGAUGGCUCAGAUGAAGACCCUGUGCUGUGUGCUACGCACCAGUGUGAAUCCCAUCAGUGGCAGUGUGCCAAUAAGCGCUGCAUCCCAGAGUCGUGGCAGUGCGACGGCGAGGACGACUGCGGUGAUCGGUCUGAUGAGGACCCCGCCCACUGCUCGGCCAGGACCUGCCGCCCGGGGCAGUUCAAGUGCCGCAACGGACGCUGCAUCCCCCAGAGCUGGAAGUGUGACGUAGACGACGACUGUGGCGACAACUCCGAUGAACCACUGGAGGAGUGCAUGGGACCGGCCUAUCGAUGUGACAAUCACACAGACUUUGCCUGCCAGACCAACUACCGCUGUGUGCCUCUGUGGGCUGCGUGCAAUGGCCAUGAUGACUGCAGAGACAACAGCGAUGAGCAGGGCUGUGAGGAACUGACCUGCGAUCCCUCUGGUGAUUUCCGCUGUGACAACCACCGCUGCAUCCCACUGAGAUGGAAGUGUGACGGGGACAACGACUGUGGGGACAACUCUGACGAACGCAGCUGCACUCCACGCUCAUGCACAGAGAGUGAGUUUCGCUGCGAUAAUCUACGCUGCAUUCCCGACCGUUGGGUCUGUGACCAUGACAACGACUGUGAGGACAACUCGGAUGAAAGGGACUGUGAGUUGCGGACUUGUCAUCCUGGGUACUUCCAGUGUGCCUCUGGUCACUGCAUCGCCGAACGAUUCAAAUGUGAUGGCAACGCAGACUGUCUGGACUUCACAGAUGAGACGUCGUGUCCAACUCGCUUUCCCAACGGCACAUACUGCCCCCACUUUAUGUUCGAGUGCAAGAACCACGUGUGCGUCCAGAGCCAUUGGCGGUGCGACGGAGACAACGACUGUGGAGACAACUCGGACGAGGAGCUCCACCUCUGCUUGGACAUCCAGUGCGACACUCCGUUCCGAUUCCGCUGCGACAACAACCGCUGCAUCUACAGCCACGAGCUGUGUAACUCCAUGGACGACUGUGGUGACGGCUCCGAUGAGAGACAAGAAAACUGCCAAAGCCCGACGCACGGACCCUGUACAGAGGAGGAAUACAAAUGCAGUAACGGGCAGUGCAUCCCUCUGCAGUACGCCUGUGAUGAUUAUGACGACUGUGGAGAUCAGUCAGAUGAACUAGGCUGCCACCACGGCAGCGGGCACACAUGCAGUGACAGCAUCUGUGAGCACAACUGUACCGACCUGACGGAAGGAGGCUUCCUGUGCUCCUGCAGGCCAGGCUACAAGCCCCGACCAAGUGAAAAGCACACCUGUGAAGACGUGAACGAGUGCGAAGCGUAUGGGACGUGUCCUCAGGAGUGUAAGAACACGAAGGGCAGCUACGAGUGUUUUUGCGCUGAAGGCUUCCACUCGUUCGGGGAGCCGCAUGGGACAGAAUGCGCUGCCCAGGGAAACCCGCCGGUGCUUCUGCUGCCGGACAACAUUCGCAUCCGUCGUUUCAACCUGUCGUCUGAGGAAUAUUCGGACUAUGUGGACAACGCCGAGCACAUCCAGGCUUUAGACUACCUGUGGGAUCCAGAAGGACAAGGCCUCAGUGUUGUAUACUGGACAGUUCUUGGACGAGGAUCCCAGUUUGGCUCCAUCAAACGCGCCUACAUGACCACAUUCAACGAUCACGGCAACAACCCGGUGAAGGAGGUAGAUCUGAACCUGAGAUACAUCUCCAGUCCUGAAGGCAUCGCAGUGGACUGGGUUGGCGGGCACAUCUACUGGACAGAUUCUGGAACCAAUCGAAUUGAGGUGGCUAAGGUGGAUGGGCGGUACAGGAAGUGGUUGAUCCACACAGACCUCGACCAGCCAGCAGCUAUUGCUGUGAAUCCAUUGCUCGGAACAAUGUACUGGACAGACUGGGGUAGGAAACCCAAAAUAGAGACAGCGUGGAUGGAUGGUCAGCACAGAGAGGUGCUGGUGGGCGAGGAAGACCUGGGCUGGCCGACUGGUCUGGCUGUGGACUAUCUGAAUGGAAACAGGAUCUACUGGUGUGACUCCAAGGAAAAUACCAUUGAGUCUAUGAAACCUGAUGGCACAGAAAGGAAGAUCAUCAUAUCAGGAGAUAUCGGACAUCCCUACAGUCUGGAUGUCUUUGAGGGGCACGUGUACUGGACCACAAAAGACAAAGGUGAAGUGUGGAAGACAAACAAGUUUGGGAAUGGAAAUAAAGUCAAAGUUCUAACCAUCAACCCCUGGCUGACUCAAGUCCGCAUUUACCAGGAGCACCGUCACACCCGAUCGGUUUCCAACCCUUGUAAGGACGUGUGCAGUCACCUCUGCCUCCUCCGGCCUGGCGGGUACACCUGCGCCUGUCCACAGGGCUCCUCUGCCGUGGGCUUCGACUCCAGCGAGUGCGACGCAGCCAUUGAGGCACCUGUUGCAAUGCCCCUUGCAUGCAGAUGCAUGAAUGGUGGAACCUGUUACACAGAUGAAGGCGGGCUGCCCAAGUGCAAGUGUCCGUACAGUUAUGUGGGCAGCUUCUGUGAGAUGGGAAAGUCACGAGGAGCUCCAGCAGGAACCGCUGUGGCCGUUCUUCUCGCCAUCAUCGUCAUCAUCAUCACCGGAGCCCUGGCUGUUGGCGUGUUCCUGAACUACAAGCGAACGGGCUCGUUCAUCCCCUCCAUGCCCAAGCUGCCGAGCCUCAGCAGCCUGGUGAAGUCCGGCGACGCGGGCAACGGGGUGACGUUUCGCUCCGGCGAUAAUGUGGAUCUCGGACCGUCGCACGUUGGAGUGUCCUUCAUUGACACAGCCAUGCAGAUGGAUGACAGUUUUGCCAUGGAAGCUGGGAGACAGCCCAUCACGUUUGAGAACCCGCUGUACGCAACUGGAGCCGGAGCAUCUGGUGACGCUGCUGUCAUUCAUGCCACACAGGUGACUGUGAACGUGAGCAGCGAGCAGCCGGAGAACAACUACGAGAACCCGGCGUACUGCUGCGAUCAGGGUGCGGCCGCCGUGAACGCAUCAUCUGCCGGCACCAAGCCCGUUCAGGAGUCGAAGUGGAGCUUGUUCAGACGGAAGUUAAAGCCCAGCACCACAUUUGAGAACCCUUCCUACGCUGAGAUGAAGGACGAGAAGCCUGCGAGCUCUUCGGACCCUUCUGCACCGGAGCCCUCUCCCUUCGCGCCUCCCGCCAAACCCCAGAAGAAGGAGCGGCCCAGCGCCUUCUCGCCCACAGAGGACAGCUUCAAAGACACGGCCAACCUCGUUAAGGAGGACAGCGACGUAUAACCCCUCGGCACAGACGGGAACGGAGGAACGAACACACACUUUGCACAGAAUUUAUUUUUUUAUGCAGCCUGUGUACAAAAAUGCUUUAGGAAAGAGAAAUACGUUUCUAGAGAAUGAAGAAAACAGUCUCCUGUGACUAUGCCUUCUGACAUUUCUUAUGCCAAUUCUUGUGUUAAUGUUUUUCUUUCUGAUAUACAGUUUGUAUAUCGUUGCACUGAAGCUGCUGAUAGACAUGUUAAUAAAUAUGUUGUAUAUUUGUAAAUUUGAACAGCAAGAUUUUGAAGGAAAAUAUCUUUGAAUAUAGAUCCUAUGAAUAGUUGACCACAAUAACACGUAUAAAUGGUGAGCUGCAUUCUGAAUGUACAGUACUUAAGAAAUGUGUUUUUAAUUGUUGCCACUGAACAAAACUGGAGAUGUUUUUGCUUCAUCUUUAUGUUUAUAUACCUCAUUUCAGGGCUGAAAAACAACAGCAAAACAUUUGGACUCGUCUCAUGCGGUUCAUUAGCAUAAAUAGAUGCAUGAGCUAAAAUACACGUGCAGUACAUACUCACUUUACUUUAUUUCUACUUACGUUCCCUGACUUUGUGAUUUUAAAUCAAAUGAUUUCUUUGUUAUUAGUUAUGAUAUUGGAACAAUGGCCAAAAUAGUUUGGAACGAUACUUGAAUGUGCCCAUUUGUUCGGCAUAGAUAUUAAUUUGUGUAGUUGAUUAAGGAGCAACACGUGAAGUGAGGUUGCAGACAUCCGUUUUAUAAAAAGAGCCGUUUUAUAAAAAGGUGAAUAAAUUCUACAUUUACACAAUCAUCCAUUUUGUUUCAUAAUGAGGACAAGCAAUAAGUGGAUGUGAUCAUCCAGAACACACCCUGUGGUUUAAAUCGCUGCUGCUGAAUAAAUUUCCUAUUUUGUAACAAA